AUAUGAUCCUUCUCCAUAUGUGUAUGCAAAGCUAACUCAGCGAUCCAAAAACUUUGUUUGGUUGUUUUUGGCCUUUUUCCCUCCUGGCUUUGGCGUGCCAGACUGCCAGCCAACAAUCUAUUUUCUUGGCUAAUUUCAAUUUCAUUAUUUUGAUUUUUCAAGAUUUGAAGAACCCAUCAACCUCCUCUAUAAAUCAAUCCAUAUCCAUUAAUCCUAAUCCUCCUCAAACACUUCGAUCUCCUCCGAUCCUCCGCCGUCGCCGCCGCCGCCGCCGCCAUCAAUGCUGCUGCCGUGAAAGGAAAAAAAAAUGAAGGAGUUUUGGACGACACUGGCUUCAGUAAUGGGUGUUUGGGCUUUCUGCCAGAGCCUUCUGCACACGGUGUUUCCGCCGGAGCUCCGUUUCGCGACCGUGAAAUUCUUACACCGCCUCUGCAGCUGGUUCUCCGCCUACUGCUACUACGACAUAACGGAGAUCGACGGCGUGAACACCAACGAGCUGUACAACGCCGUGCAGCUCUACCUGAGCAGCUCCGCCGCCGGCGCCAGCGCCGGGAACCGGCUGAGCCUCACCCGCGGCCUCAACUCCACCACCAUCACCUUCGGGCUCAGCAACAACGACUCCCUGGCGGACACCUUCAACGGGGUGAGCGUGGUGUGGGAGCACGUGGUCACCCCCCGCCAGUCCACCGCCUUCACGUGGCGACCCCUCCCGGAGGAGAAGCGCGGGUUCCUCCUCCGCGCGAAGAAGAAGGACAAGGCCACCGUCCUCGGCGCCUACCUCGACUUCGUAAUGGAAAAGGCCAACGAGAUACGCCGCAAAAACCAAGAUCGGUUGCUCUACACCAACUCCCGCGGCGGAUCUCUGGACUCCCGCGGCCACCCCUGGGAGUCCGUCCCGUUCAAGCACCCCAGCACGUUCGACACGCUCGCCAUGGACCCGAAAAGAAAAGAGGAAAUCAUGGCGGAUCUUAAGGAUUUCGCGAACGGGGAAGCGUUUUAUCAGAGAACCGGGCGAGCUUGGAAAAGAGGGUACCUUCUCUACGGCCCUCCCGGCACCGGAAAGUCCAGUAUGAUCGCCGCCAUGGCCAAUUUCUUGGGCUACGACAUCUACGACCUGGAACUCACCGAAGUCCACACAAAUUCCGAGCUCCGAAAGCUUCUUAUGAAGACAAGCUCCAAAUCCAUCAUAGUAAUCGAGGACAUUGAUUGCUCUAUCAAUCUCGCCAACAGAAAAAAACCCGCCGCCAAUAAUUACGCCCGGAAGGACACCCGUUUCUCCGCCGCCGCCGCCGCCUGCGGCGGCGGCAAUAACACCGCCGGAGACGACGGAGCCACCAACACCAUCACCCUCUCCGGCCUCCUCAACUUCACAGACGGAUUAUGGUCCUGCUGCGGCAGCGAGAGGAUCUUCGUCUUCACCACCAACCACGUCGAGAAACUCGACCCCGCAUUGCUCCGGAGCGGCAGAAUGGACAUGCACAUCCACAUGAGCUACUGCACUUUUCCGGCCCUGAAAAUUCUCCUCAAGAACUACCUCGGGUACCAGGACCCCAGCCUCUCCGGCGAGCUGGAGGACGUGAUUGAGGCGGCGGAGAUGACGCCGGCGGACAUCAGUGAGGUGCUGAUAAAGAACCGGAGAAACAAGAAGGCGGCGGUGGGGGAAUUGGCGCAGGUUUUGAGAGCGAGAGCAGAGGUGAACAGGGGAAAGUCCGGGGAGAGGAGCAGCGAUCAUGAAGAAGAGCAAGAGAAGAGGGCACUUGAGAGCCCCAAAGAAAAUGGCGAAUUCACAGAGAUUUGCAACAAUAAAUGCAGUACUGGGGUUGAAGAAGAUGGCGAAAUGGAAAUGGAAGAAGAAGAAGAAGAAAAUGAUGAAAAGGAGUUGGUUUGAUAGAUGAUGAUGAUUCUUUUUGAUUUGGGGCUCAAAAAUUAAAGCUUUUGUUUCUUUUUGGCCAGGGGACAAGAAGAUCAGAUGGAGAAGACAAACAGGUUGCUGUUUGAUUCUUCUUGAACAAGAGGAAUAUAAAUUAUUAUUAUUGUUGUUAUUAUUAUUGUUACUAUUUACUCUUUGAAGAUGAAUUUUGUGGAUGGGCUUUUCUCAACUAGUGUGGCCAUAUUCUUAAGAUGAAACAACACUAUAUAAUUCCUCUGCA